GACGCUCUGUCAUCUGACUCUUUUCCUGUUGGGAGAGAAAAAAAAGUUUUGAAACCCCACCCUCUCCACUGACCGUAAGCGCAGACGUAGAAGUGGUUCGACAACCUGGCGAGUGAACUCUGUGUGAGGAAGACAAGUGUGAUAUGAAGUUAUGAUGGAGUUGUUCCGCUCUUUGGAUACCGACUGUAAGAACGGGGGACUCGAGCCGGACCAGGCCACGCGCUGAACUCCCACCAGGAACUAACGGGAUUUGUUUUUACUGCGUUUCUCUGAGGAAAGUAGAGCCGAGCAGGUUUGGAGAGCUCUUCCUGUUACAAAGUCGGCGGUCCCCAAGUUUGCUUUAUGUUAUGGUAAAGGCUGGCUAUUCGUGUGCUUCCCAUAAGACCGUGAGCAUGGAUACUUUGGCGCAAUGGGAUGCGGGAUUUCCUGCGGAAGUGCCGCAAAGUUGCGGUGAGACGCCGUUAUUGGAGUUUUGGGCUUAAUGCGAACUGGACAGCGCUGAAACUUGUCGUAAAACACUGGUUGGCUGGACUGAAUGCUCCUUUCCUGCUAUUCUUCUCCGCUUUUCAGCGCUUCCUGCUUGUGGUGGCCACUGCACUUAAUGGCUAAAAAUACAUAAAAACUCAAAAUGGACAGUUAAGUGUGGUGGGAACCUUUAUUACCAGUUGCAAUAGCAGUACCUGGGAGUGUUUCGCAGUAAGCGGAGUAGUUUUCAUUCGUCUUCUUACACUUUCCCUCUCUAAAAAAAACAAAACAAAGUCAGGACUCAACAGGUGGCAGUUUUGAAUGAGGGGGAAGAAGAGCUAAAUUAGCCAUAAUGAGGUGAUUCGAAAGGCCCUUAAAUACAGGCCGGUGAAAUGAUAUUGUGCUUAAACCAUGUGUUGGGAAACCACACACCACAUCACUUGAACAGAGAUAAUUUCAGUGGAAGCAGUGCUGUCUUUCUGAGCUUUGAAACACUUAGCCUUAAUCAAACAACAGCAAUCUCUAGUGAAUCAUCCGAUGGAGAGACGAGUUUAAUGCGACGAUGAAUAAAAGACACUUGCGCUUCUGUUGUCUUUGACUGCUCUCCUCUAGCCCACUUGUUGGUCCAACUUUUGAACACAUUUCAUUAGUCCCUGAUGAGCCAACAAGAAAGACAGGAAAGGGAGCGAGGCGCAAUAAAGUACUCCUUUGUACUUUAUUUUCAAACCCUUGGGGUGCUAAAUCAGAUCCAGUCAAAACAUCUGCUUGAGGCUCCAUGGAGCCACUGAAGAAUAUAUUCAGCCGUGGCCCGUUGUCCAACUGGAAAAAUUUGGAACAAUCGCAAAAAGGGAACUUCACCAACCCUGUGUGGACAGCCUUAUUUGACUAUGAGGCAUCCUGUAAAGAUGAGCUCACCUUACGUAAAGGCGAUCUGGUGGAAGUCCUCUCUCUGGACUCGGAGAUAUCAGGGGAUGAGGGCUGGUGGGCGGGAAAGGUCAACAACAAGGUGGGUAUCUUCCCAUCCAACUACGGCUCCUUCAAGCCGAGUGGAUAUGGAAAACUCCCGGGCAGUGCCGUGGUGGAUGAGCUCGCUCCGGCUGUGGUGGGUGAGUUUGAACCUGAAGAGGUAGAUUUCCGGGAGUUGAGCCUGGAGGAGGUCAUCGGGGUCGGGGGAUUUGGAAAAGUGUAUCGUGGUACAUGGAGAGGAGAGCUGGUGGCGGUGAAGGCCGCCCGCCAAGACCCGGACGAGGACAUCAGUGUGACAGCGCAGAACGUGAGGCAGGAGGCCCGUCUGUUCUCCAUGCUCACUCACCCCAACAUCAUCGCCCUGCAGGGCGUGUGCCUGCAGGAGCCCAACAUGUGCCUCAUCAUGGAGUACGCCUCAGGUGGGCCGCUGAGCCGUGCUCUGGCAGGCCGUCGAAUACCGCCGCACGUCCUGGUCAACUGGGCUGUGCAGAUAGCCAGAGGGAUGUUGUAUCUGCACAGUGAAGCCAUCGUCCCUGUCAUUCACCGGGAUCUCAAGUCCAACAACAUUCUUCUGGCUGAGCCCAUAGAAAAUGAAUGUAUGGAGGGGUUGACGUUGAAGAUUACAGACUUUGGCCUGGCAAGAGAAUGGCACAAGACCACAAAGAUGAGCACCGCUGGCACCUAUGCCUGGAUGGCCCCGGAAGUCAUCAAGUCCUCCACGUUCUCCAAAGGCAGUGAUGUCUGGAGCUAUGGUGUUCUGCUGUGGGAGCUGCUAACAGGAGAGGCACCCUACAGAGGGAUCGAUGGACUCGCUGUCGCCUAUGGAGUCGCCGUCAACAAGCUCACCCUGCCCAUCCCUUCCACGUGCCCCGAACCUUUUGCGCAGCUCAUGUCAGAGUGCUGGGACCAGGACCCCCAUCGCAGACCCAAUUUCAGUUCCAUCCUGGCCCAGCUGAUGGCCUUGGAGCAGCAGGUGAAGGAAGAGAUGCCGCAGGAUUCGUUCCACUCCUUGCAGGAGGACUGGAAACUGGAGAUCCAGGACAUGUUUGAUGAACUCCGGGCUAAAGAGAAGGAGCUGCGAUGCCGUGAAGAGGAGCUAAAGCGAGCAGCUCUGGAGCAGAAAUCUCACGAAGAGUUCCUGCGGCAGCGUGAGCAACAGCUGGCCCAGUGGGAGCAGGAUGUGUUCGAGCGUGAGCUCAGCCUCCUCAUCCUCCACUUGAACCAGAACCAGGAGAAACCUAAUGUCAAGAAGAGGAAGGGCACCUUCAAAAAGCACAAACUCAAGUCCAAGAACGGCGAGAAGAUCAGCAUGCCCCAAGAUUUCAUACAUAAAAUUACGGUGCAGGCAUCCCCAGGCCUGGAGAAAAGGCGGAACUCUCCCGAUUUGGGUUCGGGCUCCUCACCUUCCUUUGGACCGCGGUUCCGCGCUAUCCAGUUACCCAGUGACAACAGCAGGACUUUCGGUCUCAGCCCAGUCCGGCCCUCCCUGGAUACCUCUUCUCAUAAACAAGUCAACGGAGACCUCAGGUUGAGCCCUCAUUGGAGGCCACAGAGCCCCAAAAGUCCCAAAAGUCCUAAAGUCCUGCGCCUUAGUCCCCAGGAAAGCAGCUUGUCGAUGAGAGCUAAGCUCCUGAAGGCAGACAGCAAUGAGAAUGGAGACUCCAAGGAUGACUUUGAGGAGUACCGACCCGUCACGCCAACCCCUACGCCUGCUCAGAAUGGCUCAUCGGUGAAGGAUAGCCCGUGGCUUCCUCUGUCUCAAGGAGACUCGGGCAGUGAGGAAGGGAGUUCUUCCCCAGCUAGCUCUCCAAGGCCUGAGAGGGGGCCUCUCGGUGGCCUGAUUAACAGCACCCACCGAGCCCUGCUGGGCAGCGGCUCCCUGCUUGCCUCCAUAGGACUUGGUCGCUGCCUGGAUAUUCCCCCAAGAGUGCCACCUCGAACUCACCCACCUUGCUUAGAGGGCCGCAGCCUCUCUGAACUUGAGAUUUCUCAUCCUAGGCCCCUCAUUUCAGACCCUCCAGUAGUGGACGAUCUCAUCACCUUCUCCACCUCGGAGCCGCUCCCCAGACCCCUGUUGGAUUUAGCGCUGCAAUACCAAGAACUAAAGCCUUUACCCCUGACACCGCCUCCACCAAACCCCCGCGAGAGGAGCAGCCACCGGACGCCACACAGUCCGCAGAGUCCCAGCAGUGCCUCCAUGCAGCACGACAGGACCAGCCCAGGGGAGUGGACCCCCACUUACAGUUCCAGUAACGGGGAGCUGAGCAGUGACUCCUGGGAACACAGAGCUGACAGGAGGAGGAGGUCCAGCCAAGGCCUGCAUGCUUCUCAGCUAGUUUUAGACCUGCCUUUGUGCCAAGACACACAGGACUUUGAUGACAAGGCUCUCCACCCCAACCCUGCGCUCUGGAGCCCCAAAACACGCCGCCUGGAGGUCAGCGUCAUUCCUCGGCCCCGCCCAUCUCCCAUCCGCCCCCGCAUCGACCCUUGGAGCUUUAUCUCAGCAGGUGGUGGAAACUCGGGUGGUGGGCGCAGCCCACACCGCUCAGAAAGCAACUUACUGAGCUAUCAGCCGUCACCCACCAACCCCUUCACCAACUGUGACCCUUUCCCCUCUCCUGACUGCGACCCCUUUGCCCUCAAGGCUGAUCCGUCAAGUGGUUCAGAUGGUGCCUCACCCUUUGACCCCUUCUCAGCUCCCUUUCCCACAUCGCGUUCUGCCCCAUGUUCUGCCAACGGCUCUCCCACGCUGCCCUCGUUCCGUAUAGCACCCAUUAACUCAGCUGACUCGGCCCUUAUUGACUUUGGCUGCGGGGCCUGCAACAAGCCUCUGGAUGGCACCAAAGAGAGGGCUCACCCCCGCAGGAUACUGGGGCUCAAGCCAUUCAAGUCCCCGACGCAACUCAAAGACGACAGGUUCUGAAUCCGGCCUUGCCCCGACAAGAGGUUUAUUCUCAAUGAUAUGAGCCUGGAUUUGAUUGCAGGAGCACAGUCCAGGACCGUUUCCACUACUAUGUCCUACUUCGGAACAAGGAUUCGGAUGUUAUAUAUAUAAAAAAAAAAAAAAACAUGCACACUCAUGACUCAACCUACCAAGGGAGGUUUUCCCCUUUGGGAGCGCCAAUCAUCACAGGUCUUAUUUAUACACCAGCCUGCUGCUUUGGAAACCAGAAAGCCAGUGAAAGGUGGUACAAUGAAUUGUGGGAUAGCUGCCUGUGAACCAAUAGCUGGUGCCCAUUUCAUUCUCUCUCUUUUUUCCUCUGUUUCUCUAUCCCUUUGAAGGAGCAGGAUACAGAUCACUAGCCCCAUCUUCAGAUUCUAUCAGACUGCUCAUAUCAACUGCUUUCAUCUCCCCUUACCUUUGAAGCAUUGUGACAAUGCAGAGGUGGAUAAGGCGACUUGCACAGCUUCAUCUGCCUCUACCUCUCUGCAGACUGAACGCCUUCAGGACAAUGGAAAAUUGGAGUGCCUUAUUUCGUGAAGUGUUUUUAAUAUAUAUCUUUUCAAGGCUCUUUGAAUGGUUAAUCUGGUGCGUAGGGAAGAUGCUACGAAUCUGGCUUAAAUUUGCAAAUCAGCUUAGCAUUGCAGUGUAAGAAAAAUAUCGUCUGCAUGUAUGUCUAGACUCAUUGUUCAAGGAAAGCUUACUGGUUUUUUUUUAAACUGCGUCUGCGUGUUGCAUUAUGGGAGAAAGCACUCUGAGUGGAUACUAGGUCGCUCAAGAAAUCCGAGAUGAAACCGUGACCCAGGCAUUCCACUUGGAAGCAGAUAACAUUCCAGUCACAUUCUGUGGGAAAUGCCAGGAAUUGGCAGAUUCAUUCAGGCUGGCAGGCGACACAGCACAGGAAACAAGACAGGGGUGCCCUCCGCAUUCCCGUCAUAUGCCAAAGAAUGCCACUGUGACUGUGUAAGUCCUGGGACGAAGGCUGUUUGCAAAUGCAUUGUUUUUACCUCCUCAAAGUGCCAGAACAGAACAACACAGAGCAAACUGACACAAUCACACAGAGUAUUUGAACAUAUGGUUCUCAGAUUUUGUUAGAAAUACUGUCUAAUCACCGCCACCUAUAAGAGGUUCAACAAAGUACUUUAAAAGUGUUUUAAAGUACUUUACAAAAAAAGUCUGCUUAAUUUGUAGGCGUUAUCAGUCUCACAACCCAUGAUUCUGAGUUUCUUCAUGUACCAAAUUUUAAUGUCUGAGUAAAUAUGAGCCAGAUGCUUCAUUUUCCCCCCUCCCUAGAGAGUUACAUGUGAAGAUUGAAACCAUUCUUAUUAUCAUUCAUUCGCAAAGCAGAUUGCUUAACAUGGAACAAUAUGGAAAAGUUAGUCCAAGGAAAACAUUCCAGAGAUCUGUGAAGGCCACACAAAAAGCAUUUUCUGUUUUAUCCCUCUGCAGUGACUUCUGGUCACUCAGUGGUUGCUAACCUACCAGCUGAUGACUUAAGAAGUCAGUGCUCAUAACCAAGAAAAUGUUACCCACGAAAGCACCUAUAAAAAUCACAACUUGGUGCUUUUCCAGUCGAAUUUAAUGCUGAUUGACACUUGAAGUUCUAGAUGGACUUGUUACCUUUGACAGGAGCAAUUUUGUUUUUGCUUAGUUUACCUGGCUUCAUGGAUUCCACACUGAAAUGAAAGUGCUACUGAUGUUCUCAUCUAACUCUCCAGAAUGUCUGCUAAAGUUUCUUGAUCGGCAAUGUCCAAUAUUCCCUGGCUCAGCAGAUGUUUUUAGCGUUGUGAGAACAGCAGCGUCCCUCCAAUUUAAUGGUUUUUGUUUUGGUAAAAAAACAAAAACAAAAAAUAAAUAAAUAACAGGAAUACAGGGAGAACCUCACUGUACAGAUGUGGUAACAUCAUGUUUUUAGCCUCAGCACACCAGAAUGCACUACAGCAAUAACUUUCUCAUGGUUCAUUAUCAUUACAUUACAUUCUACACCUAUCAGCCACAACAUUAAAGCCUCAGAGAGGGAAAGUGAAUAAGACUGACAAUAUUUUUAAAUUGCUAUUUUCUGCUGUAAAAUGUGUGGAUUUUUUUUGACACGUAUCACCUGCCUUAGCAUUGUUUCAGACCAAGAACCCUCUUCUCAAAAAUCUAAGGCUCUGAUUUGGUCUUCAAACUCGGAUCAAAACCCGCAUUAGCAAGAUGGACCGCAACAAUCCUGAACAACCCACCAGCCCCAAACGAUCCACUGCUAACUUCCCAGCGCAUGCAAACGUGCAUGUUUCUGCAUGCACUCUUGAAAGCAAUUGGAAGCACUACCCAGUAUUAGGUGGUUUUAAUGUUGUGGUAUAUAAGUGUACAUGCUAAAUGUAACAUGUUCACACUUUCUCAGGGAUUAGUUUAUUUUCUAAAAUCAUCCCGAGGAAUGUAGUGGUGUGAGACAGGUUGUGGGAAAAUUGCAGCAACAAAAUAGCUCCAGACUACCAAUGCACAACAGCUUUUGAGGGUGUGUUUUUGCUUUUUUUAAACUGACAGUCAGCUCAAGCACUGGUUCAACAUAACUAAACCAGUGCAGGUGAAGCACCUGCGAGACCCACCUACCUAGCACAAACUCUGAGCCUGUUAACGAUGGCUUUACUCUAACAUUUCAAGUACAAAUGCUGAUUCGCUCCAUCGCUGUCACCGUGUCAUUGGAGGACAAUAACAGCUUUGUUCUGUCGAAGAGUGAAAACCUUGUCUCCAAAGGGAAAAGCUUUGUGAUUAGCCUAAUAAUCCCACUGACGUACAGAGGAAGCUGAUAGUGAUAAUUAGCCUCUCGAUAAGAGCAGGGAGCAUAACAAAGCGCUGAGAUAUUUGGUUAAUUAAUUUGCCCCGACAUUAGAAAAUGCCCCGCAUAUCAUGUUGCGCCCCGCUCCGGCUUAUGUGUAGAUUUAAGCUGCGCACUAUCACAUGCAUAAAGUUUCAAAGACAGGUUGAGCCGCCUUUUCUGUCUUCCAUUUCUUUGUCUCUCUGUUGCCACUGGCUACAGCUCCUGACCGGACUUCAUCUUCGCUGUCAAAGCUCAAUUUUUUUAUUUUUUGCAUCUUAACCCCUGAGGUGAUUUGGGAGAUAGUUCUGCUCCUUUCAUUUUGUUCUGCCUUCACUGCUUUCGUAUCUGGAAAGUUUUUCUUGCGGGCAGUUUUGUCCUGACAGCAGAGCGUUCAGUUCAGUCACAGCCAGGUUUCUAUGCAGCUAGAAGAGAUGGCAUUUGUUCUAGGACAGAGUCCAUUUGCAGGAGAGUGCUCAUUUUACCAAGGCAUUAUGGUUUGAAAUUGAAAGGUGUAUUGUCUUCUUCUUUGGCCCAAUAAUGUGUACGUGUGUCCUCUACUGUGUAUACCAGCUAUAGCCAGCUUGUAAAGAUCUCAUUUUUAAUUCUUUGAAUGUGCUAGCUGCUAACGUGUGGGUGUCUUCUAUACUAUAUUUGAUAGCAGAUUUUUUUAGAUUGAGUGAACAGCCUCCUGUCACAGAGAUGUGGCAAAAUGCACAAGUGCACAUUUUAACUCUUCUGCGAUUUGAAAUUAGAUGGAGGUAGUCAUAUCAGGAAUUUUUUAAAAAGGAAAAAGGGAAAUAAGACCUAGUUCAGAACGCUGCCUACUGUCACGCCUCCGCACAUCUGGCAACUGCUGUGGAAAGUGGGCGUAAAUGUCAAAUUGUCUGAUUAGGAAAUAAAAAGAAAAUAGUCGUACCAACCCAUUGGAUUAUGAAUCGGUUAAGAAGGAUACGAGUGCUGUUAGACAAGGUGACAAAGGCUUCUUUUAAAUCCUUGAGCCUGAUUUUAACGAGGCUGCAGUUUGUCAUGUAGAUGACUGUGUAGUUGGUAUGUACCUGGAGGGUUACAAAGUUCCACUGCAGUGAACACUCGA